AUGCUAGACGAUGAUAAGGGCACGGCCAUGCAUCCACAUAUAACGCCGUUCACGCCUGAGUACUCAAAUGAAUUACUGCGAAGGGUCCAGGACCUGUACCACGAAGAUAUCAAGCACUACUAUCCGCAGCUAAAACUGGAGAAGCUGCUGGACCUUCUGGAGCAUACAGAGUACCUAUUCGAGUUAUAUCUAGAUUCAAUCCAUCACGAUAGGCCCAACGAUGCACUGACAGCGUUUAUCAUUGGAUGCUACUACGUGUUCUUAAUUAUUCCACAAUCUUUGCAGUUCCAAACACGAAACAAGUCCUACAGCAUCUAUACAGAUCUAAAAAAGAUGUAUGAGAAUGAAAUGAACAUGACCAAUGUUGUGCUUAUGGUGAAGAAAGAAAUCGGUGUGGUCCUAGAUGAAUCGGUUAAACACGGGGCCGGUAUUGAGCACAGAAUCACCAAGAAGAGGGCAUUUUCAGUUCCAGCUGACGAUCUUUCAGGUCAGGUAGCUUCACUAUCACUUGACACCGCGGCACCGCAAGAUCAUGGCCUCAAAGGCACGUUUACUGAAGACGACGCAGAACAAUCUUCACCUGUUUGGACAGCACCAAACUUAGAGCCCAACGACCAAUUGAAACUGGCUUUAUUGCCCGAAGUGAUACCAACGCCAGCUUUUCGUGAGCCUGAAAGAAAGACAAGUGUUCCAGUGAGACCAUCUGUUUUAUUGGAAGAUGUACCCUCCAUAUACCACGAGGAUGACACUAGUUUCGCAUCUUUGAACCCACCAUUUCGAGAAAUAACCGCAGAUAGAUCAGUAACUCAUCGAAAGGAUUCUUACCAUUCUGUUUAUAUGGUGGAUAGCGGCAACCUCAAGGAAGACAAUGAUGAUCUGUUCAACGUUGAGAAUGAUGGCUUCAUCCAGAGUUUGGAUAUUUUACAAAAGCAGAGUAUAAUCACAGCACCAGAAUUGUUUAGUAUUUUAUCGAAUCGCGUUGAACGUGAAAAGGUUUUACUCAUCGACUUGAGAAUACCACAAAGAUCUGCAAUAAAUCACAUUGUGGCUCCGAACUUAGUGAAUGUGGAUCCAAACUUGUUGUGGGACAAGCAGACGAACACACCUAUCUACAAGGAUGACAUAUUGGAACAUUUACUGAAGGAGAAUGAGAAUUUUAUAAACCGUAAUAAAUUUGAUUACAUUGUUUACUAUACUGAUGUGAAGACCUUCAUGACUAUAAAUUUUGAUUAUGCAUUUAUUUUUUUUUAUUUGAUGCUGACUUCUCAGAAGACUCCUUUAACAACUGUACCUACUACCCUCUUAGGUGGGUACGAAAAAUGGAAGAAAACUCUGCAUUCGUAUGCCCAGGAGUAUCAUAUCUCUAUUGAAGAUUACUUGUACAGACCUUACUCACAGAAGGCGCGCUUACAACAGGAGCAGCAGCAGCAGCAGCAGCAGCCGGAUUCUCAGGACUCUUUUUCCGCUAAGGAAUCAUCUACAAAAGUUCCUGAGCCUCCCUCCUGGAAGCCCCCUGACCUGCCUAUAAGGUUAAGGAAACGUCCUCCACCUCCACCGCCUGUAUCAAUGCCCACAACCCCAGAAAUUCCACCUCCUCUGCCCCCUAAGAUAAUGGUUCAUUCACAAGUCAGUUCUAUCUCUCGAAAGCCGCCAAUACCAGCAAAGCAGCAUGUCAAAAAGGAACAACUUAACUCCAAUGAAAUUAUUCAAAGAAAAAGACAGCACCAGCAUCAGCAUUACGACCAACAAAUAUUACAACCGCAAAGGGCGUACAAUAUUCCAACUAUUGAACGCAGUCCAAACGUAUACGUUUCGUUGUCCAUCACGGGACUAAGAAAUUUGGGCAAUACAUGUUACAUUAAUAGUAUGAUACAAUGUCUAUUCGCUGCGAAAACAUUCCGGACACUCUUCAUUUCAUCCAAAUAUAAGAGCUAUCUGCAACCAAUAAGGAGCAACGGAUCUCAUUAUUCUCCUAAACUUUCGAAUUCACUAAGUAUGCUCUUCAACAAGAUGUAUCUAAAUGGUGGUUGCUCAGUUGUCCCAACAGGAUUUCUCAAAGUUAUCAAUCAAUUGCGUCCCGAUUUGAAAAUUCCUGAUGACCAACAGGAUACCCAAGAGUUCCUAAUGAUACUUUUAGACAGGUUACACGAUGAACUUUCCGACCAACAGCAUGUAGCGAACGAUUAUCCGAAUUUAUUAUUGUAUAAUGCAGAUGCCCUAAAGGUUUCAAACAACGAAUAUAAGCACUGGUUUGACAAAAAUGUCAUUGGUAAUGGUAUAUCUCCUAUUGAUGACAUUUUUCAAGGGCAAAUGGAGAACAGCUUACAAUGUAAAAGGUGCGGUUACACUACUUUCAACUAUAGCACAUUUUAUGUUUUAUCACUGGCUAUACCAAGACGUUCCAUGAAGUUGAGUAAACUUGGUAGGUCUACUGAGAAAAGAGUUAAGUUAGAGGAUUGUAUUAAUAUGUUUACAAGCGAUGAGGUACUCUCUGGUGAAAAUGCAUGGGAUUGCCCACGCUGUGGCCCCACGGCGUCUGUGUCUACAUCUGUGUCUGCAUUAGAGAAUGAGCCAUCCAUUGUUAAGAGUAAAAAGAAAAAAAGUCGGUUUUUUACAUUACAUACAGGAACCAAGCGUCGUCAUCUCGACUUUUUUGGAGACGGUAUUACUGAGGGCCAUAAUAGCAAUAAUAAUAAUACGACAAUCUUUGAACGAGAAAGGUCCAGAUCACCCUUCAGGAUGUUGGGUGGUAGUGGGAAGAGGUCCAGUUCCAGUACACCGUUCAGUACUGGUGGUAAUGAUAGUAACAACUCGAGUGAUUACAAGAACAAAAAAUUGACAACAGUGAAAACGAUAAAUUUUGUAACUUUACCAAAAAUCUUAGUCAUCCAUUUAUCGAGAUUUUAUUACGAUUUGACCAAGAAAAAUAACACCGUCGUAACAUAUCCAUUGAUACUAAACAUUAUAUUGAAAAACAAUGACACUAUGAAAUAUAAGCUAUUUGGAGUGGUUAACCAUACAGGCACAUUAAUCAGUGGCCAUUACACGUCACUGGUGAAUAAAGACCUUGAACACAAUGUGAAUAUUGGGCGUUCUAAAUGGUACUAUUUCGACGAUGAGGUUGUCAAGGCAGAUAGGAAACAUGGAUCUGAUAAAAACUUGAAAAUUUCAAGUAGCGAUGUCUACGUAUUGUUUUAUGAAAGGGUUUAUGACUAG